AUGGGCAAAAAUAAGAGGGUCAUUGGUGGCCCGUCUUUUGUCUCAGAUUCAGCGGCUGAUGAUGACUCGUCAACAUCAUCAAACAACGCCAUCGGCGACGGCACAAAUAAAGUGGGUGCUUUAAUAGAUCAUAGAAUGUACGAUGACUUUGCUCACAUACAUUCAUCGCCAGCUAGAGCUAGAAGAAGAAACUCGCUGCAGGCGGCCACGGUAACAAACAAGAAUCUUAAUAAAUUUGGGAACAGUAAUUUAAACUCCAGACGAUAUACAGUGGCGCCAAAUACGUCGAAUGCUGCUCAGCCCAAUCUCCCAUUAACGAAUAGAAAUCUUCAAAGUUUGCUAACUCAAAGCAAUGGAAGUAGACCUGAAUCGCCAGGUGGCGGAUUGGCUUUAGAUAUGGACUCGUAUGCGAAAGAUCAAAGGAAGUUGGCAGAUUCCCAGAGUUGGAAGAACCCAUUUUCAGAGAACCAGAAUAAUGCAGUAGGGGAGAAUGAUGAUGGGGACUCAUAUUCUAUUAAUUCUCUAGAGUUUGGUGGAUCGAACCCUUCUUCUGAGCAUCCAAGUGAUUCCACGUCGUUAGAUGAUGUUUGCUUCCCAGAUUAUUAUGAUCAUGCGGACACUGCUGGGAGCAAAGAAAUUGGAUUCGAGUGGCCCGAUUUAAGGGUUCUUGAAGAGUUCGUAAAAGAGGAGCUAGAAGAACAUUCUGAGCACAUUACCUUUGGUGACUAUGUGAAAGGCCAUAGUGAUAAUAAUUAUAAUAAUAAUAGAGAAGCAGAGCCUUCGCCUUCUUCUCCUAAGUUGCAUUCCUCAGGCGAGAUCUCAGAGGAUACUCCUUUAUUGAAUAAUACUCAAAUCAAUGAGGUCGAAUCCCUUGAACUGAUGAACAAUUCUUUAAAAAUAAGACCAACGCCUAUUCAACCAUGGGAAAAGUCAAAAGAAAAGAUCACUCCGAUUUUAAAUCGCCAACAGCUGGAACAGGAUAAUAGACAUUUACAUCAAAAAGGAGGCAAAGCAGACGGCAAGGUGUGUAGAUUUACUUACUUUAGGGAAGAUCUUGACAAGACCAUUCACUCUCCGACAAUUAGUGGAUUAAUCGCAAACAAUAAUACCAAAGUAAAAGAGCAGAGUAUUAACAUUUCUAAAAAAUGGAGAGGUGAUGCAAACGACGAUGAUGAAAGUGAUGAAAGUGAUGCCGAAAUCACGUCCCUUGAAGAUCUUUUUCUGCCAGCACAUUACUCUCGAAACCGGAAUCUGUCAGAAAGUGUCAGCAUAAACGAAAGCAGCUUAGGAAAUAACCUUACGCCAGGUUUGACAGAGAUAUCACCAGCGAAUCCAAACACCCAAGCUCCAUCUAAAUCUGGAAACCCAAUGUCUCGAAGUGCAGAUCAUUCUGCUCCUGGGACUGUUUUAGGCUCGACAGCGGAUCCAAAUGAGAGUUCAGUAAACCCUUUUUGGCUAGAUGUCUUAGAUCCGACAGAAGAAGAGAUGAAAGUACUUUCUAAAACAUUUGGAAUCCAUCCUUUGACGACUGAAGACAUAUUUUUAGGUGAAGCUAGAGAAAAAGUUGAACUAUUUAGAUCGUAUUACUUCAUCUGCUUCACUUCUUUCGAUAUAGUAUAUGAAAGGCGUUUACAGCGAGCAAAAGAGCAGGAAAAAACGAUGGCUAAGCUUCAGGAGAUGUAUGAUAAGAAUGAUGGAAAGAAUAUCUUUCGGUCUACAGAGCAUAAAUCAAAAAUCUGGAGUCUUAUUCGUAAAAUUUUUGGUAAGAAUGAUUCUCAUUACAAUACAACGAGAUCUCACAGUGCAAUAAAUAAUACCAAAGAUACCACAUCCAUCAAAUCUAGGGGUAGAAAGAUUAGAGAUGGCGAGCUACUGCCGUUGAAUAUGUAUAUCAUAAUUUUCAAACAUGGAGUCAUUACGUUCCAUUUUGCAGCGACACCGCAUCCUAUAAACGUUAGGAGAAGAGCAAGGCUAUUAAGGGAUUACUUGACCGUUUCCUCAGAUUGGUUGUGUUAUGCUUUAAUUGAUGACAUUACUGAUUCUUUUGCCCCAAUGAUUGAAAGUAUUGAAGAAGAAGUCAACUCUAUUGAGGAUGCAAUUCUUAAAAUGCAUUCCGGAGAUACUGAUCUGGAUACAGAUAGUGACGUUGAUCUGGAAAUUGAAGAUGAAUAUAAAGAAUCGAAUAAGUCUCACUUAAAAAAGAGCAGGGAACCAAGUAUUUUUUACAAACGCUCGAGGUCCAAAUCUAUAGUUGAUAGCAGGCCGCUUCCAAAGCGGAAUCGCCCACCUUCAAUAAUAUCUAGAAGUGCCUCAAGCAGAAGGUCUACUGACUCGAAAAGUUCUGGCUCAAAGAUUUUAGGAUGGAAGAGAAAAGGAGAUAUGCUUAGAAGGAUUGGGGAGUGUCGUAAACGAGUCAUGUCUGUCUUAAGAUUACUAGGAUCAAAAGCCGAUGUGAUAAAGGGUUUCAGCAAAAGAUUCAGAGAGAAUGUCGAUUCGGGAUCGAGCAAAAUAGAAAUUGGUAUGUACCUCGGUGAUAUUCAAGAUCAUAUAGUUACUAUGGUACAGUCACUCAAUCAUUAUGAGAAGUUGUUGGCAAGGUUCCAUUCCAAUUAUUUAGCACAGAUAAAUAUCGAUAUGACAAAGGUUAAUAAUGAUACCAACGAUGUUUUGGGAAAAAUUACCAUUUUAGGAACUAUUGUGCUACCAAUUAACGUUGUGACGGGUUUAUGGGGUAUGAAUUGCUUGGUUCCAGGACAAGAUUAUGAUGGGUUGGCUUGGUUCUGGUCCAUUAUUUUUGGCAUGGCAUUGUUCAGUAUAUUUGCAUAUCACUAUGCUAAGAGAGUAAGUGGUUUAUAA